CAGGAAAUGAAUGACUGAGAAGAGACUUGAGCUUCCUUCCACCCUUUCCCACUCAUUUCCAUUCCUUCUUUUCUUCUCUGCCCUUUCCCCAUUUUCAACCAUUCUCAUCACCAGAAUUCCAGGCCUCGAUAGAUCAAUCCGAUCAGAAGAAAAAGGUUCUGGAGGCCGGGAGAUUCUACCAUCUCCCCCUCCCUCUCCGGCCUCAGUAAGGCCCGGCCGCAAUUGAAGCUGCUGCCCGGAAAAGACCAAGGAACAAGAUCAGUGAUCAAGUAGGGAAGAUGGAGGAGGAGGCCCAGUCAUUGCGAUAUUGGUGUUACAGGUGUUCUCGGGCGGUGAACCCAUUGAGGGAAAUUGGGCCGUUAAAUUGCCCCGUCUGUGAAGGCGGUUUUUUGGAGGAAAUGGAAACUGCAACGGGCCAAGCGGAUAGCGGCAGUAUUACAAGUGAGUACCCGUUUGAUUCAGAACGUGCAGCACUUUCCCUUUGGGCACCCAUCUUGCUGGGCAUGAUGAGCAACAAUCCACGUCGUGACCGUAGACAUAGUACUAGUAGUAGGCUCAGACAUCGUAUAGAACUUCUAGAAGAAGAAGAUCAUGAUGACGAUGAGGAGUUGGAUGACCAUACUACUAGUGAGCAUAACCGCGACCAGACCGAACUAGACCGUGAACUGGACACCAUCAUCCGUAGGAGGCGGAGAAGGAGCUCGGCCACGAUCCUCCAUCUCCUACAAGGCAUCCGAGCCGGAAUGUUAUCUGAAACCGAAAAUUCUGAAGGUGACGAUAGGGAUAGGGAGCGGGUAAUUCUGAUAAACCCGUUUAAUCAGUCCAUCAUCGUUCAUGGCUCAAACAGCAGCAGCAACAACAACAAUGACCAUUCUUCUUUAGGAGACCCACCACGUCAUAUCGGCUCCUUGGGUGAUUACUUCAUUGGACCCGGUUUGGACAUGCUACUGCAGCAGCUGGCCGACAAUGAUCCAAGCAGGUAUGGAACCCCACCUGCCCGGAAAGAGGCCGUAGUGGCAAUGCCCGUGGUCAAAGUAGAGGAUUCCUUGCAGUGUGCUGUGUGUCUGGAUGACUUUGAAAUCGGAUCGGAAGCUAAGGAGAUGCCAUGUAAGCAUAAGUUCCACAGUGAGUGCAUCAUUCCAUGGCUGGAUCUCCAUAGCUCCUGUCCCGUCUGUAGGUACCAGCUACCUUUUGAUGAUGGCCCUAAUGGGCCUGCCCGGAACAUCAACAACAAUAACGCUGCAGAGAUCAACACCACCGUCAUUGAUGGGGGCGGCAGUGGAAACGACAGAGAUGGAGUUUCUGGACGCCAGUUUUCAGUGCCGAUUCCAUGGCCAUUCAGUAGUUUGUUUUCACCCUCAACUUCUGCGGCGGGGUCAGAAUCAUCUUCCAACUCAGCAAAUGCUGGCGGCCCAGGGGCUCAUACACAUGAGGAUUAAAUUCAUUCACAACCACAUUCCCAUUUCUCUGUGUAUUGUUUAUUGUUUGAAUGCCUUUUGCCUGUGAUCAUGUGUACAUAGAGCUGUUAUGAGCUCUGCCUGUUUUUUUCCAGAUUUUACUUUUGCCCACCUGUGUAAUUAUAAGAAGGGUAUGUUUACCUUGUUAGAAUUGCAAACUACGCCCUUUUUUUGUAUAGUCUGUAAUAUGAUUUUUUUUGUAUGAGUUUAUUAUCGUGUUCCUCAUUUACUUUAAUAUGAUUUAUUUUGAUUCUAAAUCUCAUGUCAUUGGUCC